AUGUCUUUCCUUGGCAAUAUCAUUAUGGGUGUGCUCGGCAUAGUCGGUUCUCUGUCGCAGCAGCAGACUAACGGUCUUUCCGUAUGGGGAACCUUGAAAUGUCCUACAUUUCCACUCUUUUUGAAAAAUAACCCUUUGCCCUCGGGCUAUCCAUGGGGCCAGCUUACAGCCACUGCAAACAAUCCGUACACCGAGGCUCCAAACACUGGUGUCAUCCGCAGCUAUGAUUUUACAGUUACUCGUGGACAAAUCGCACCUGAUGGAUAUCAGAUGAACGUUAUUCUUGUCAAUGGUCAAUUUCCCGGGCCCCAAAUCGAGGCGAAUUGGGGAGAUACAAUUCAGGUCACGAUUCACAACAAAAUCACAGGACCCGAAGAAGGAACUGCUUUCCAUUGGCAUGGAUUUCUGCAGAAAGAGACCCCGUGGUAUGAUGGAGUUCCUGGUGUAGAUCAAUGCCCAAUUGCACCCGGGAACAGCUUCACCUACUCAUUCAAGGCGAGCUUGUAUGGAACAAGUUGGUAUCACUCGCAUUACUCUGCUCAGUUCGCUGGUGGCCUUCUGGGGCCCAUGAUUAUCUAUGGACCAAAGAAUUCCAACUAUGACAUCGAUCUUGGACCUGUCUUCCUCCAAGAUUGGUAUCACACUGGGUACUCUGAUAUCGUUGACGAAAUCAUGAAGCCGGGAGGAAACAUCAGGCCUUCCUCGCAAAGCAACCUCAUCAACGGAAAGAUGACAUUUGACUGCACAAAGAAGGUCGCAGGGGACAAUUCGCCUUGUACGAGCAACGCAGGAAUUUCGAAAUUCAAGUUCACUACCGGAAAGACACACAGACUGCGAUUGAUCAAUGCCGGAGCAGAUGCACUUCAAAGAUUCAGUAUCGAUGGCCACCAAAUGACCGUUAUUGCCAAUGAUUUUGUUCCCGUUCAACCGUACAAAACCAAUGUUGUCACACUUGGGAUUGGUCAGCGGACAGAUGUGUUGGUCACUGCCAACGUCGGUAAAUCAAACUCCGCCUUCUGGAUGCGCUCCAACAUCUCUUUACCUUGCUCCACAGCCGACCAGCCAAAUGCUCUCGCCGCUAUCUACUAUGAUAAAGCAGAUAACAACAAGUCCCCGACUAGCACUGCGUGGGAUGUCCCCGACCCUGGAACCUGCGCAAACGACGACUUGAGCCUUACCGUCCCAGCAUUCCCUAUCCAGGCCGCCACUCCUUCCACGACCAUCGCCCAGGAAAUCAACUCCUACGUCAACGCAUCUGGCACCUUCCUGUGGACACUCGACGGCACCUCCUACCGCGCAAACUUCAACCAGCCAGUCCUAUUGCAAGCCGAGACGGGUAACUUGACCUUCCCGCCGCAGUGGAACGUGAAGAACCUCGGCACCAACAGCACUAUCCGCGUCGUCGUCAACAACCACUCCCCUGCCCCGCACCCAAUGCAUCUCCACGGCCACAACAUGCAGAUUUUGUCCGAGGGCCCCGGCGACUACGACGGCACCACUGUUGUGCGGUCGAGCAACCCGCAGCGUCGCGACGUGCAGAUGGUGCGCGUCGGUGGCCACUUUGCCUUCCAGUAUGCCGCUGACAACCCCGGCGUUUGGCCUUUCCACUGCCACAUCGCCUGGCACGUCAGCGGGGGCCUGUAUUCCCACCUAAUGGAGAGACCGGCCGACAUUGGGAAGAAGACGCAGGUUCCGCUCAUCAUGCAGCAGACUUGCAAGGAUUGGCAGGCGUACACCAACAGAGCUGUCGUGGACCAGAUCGACAGUGGUGUGUGA